AUGCCAAUUAUCCCUGUUUUACCCUCCCAACCAGAGUCAAUCCACACGGAUCGCCUCAUCCUCCGAGCAUUCAGACCGACGGAUCUCCCCGAGCUCCACAUUCUGCGCACUGUCCCGGAAGUAAUGAAAUGGACGCGACAAGGACGCGCUGAUCGAGACGAGGAGGAAACAAGGACGUGGAUGGACCAGCACAUGUACAAAGGCGGAACCGACAAGAGAAAAACCUACAACUAUGUAGUCCUGCAAAAAGAAUACAACACCACCACCACGGACGGGCCGGCGGAAGGCAAGAUCAUCGGGGUUCUAGGGAUUGUCAACAUGUCGGCCGCGGAUGGCCCAGAAGUAGGAUACUUGUUUCAUCCGUCCUCGUGGGGGAAGGGCUACGCUACUGAAGCUCUCCGAUGGUUUACGGAGACAUGGUGGCAACUCCCGCUCCCUGAUAGUUCUCUCGUCAAUGGAAAUGGGGUGGAAGGGGUUGCGUUAUCCGCAGUCAUUGACAAGACAAAUUCAGGUAGUGCCAGGGUGCUCACCAAAGCAGGCUGGGAGUUUGUGGGUGAGGGCGUCGAGGCUGACGGGGUAGCCGUGCAAAACUGGGUUAUUAGACCGUCGGUUCGCAAUUGA